UAUUCUUCGGCGGAAAAGCCAGAAUAUCUUCAAUUUAUUUAUCAGUAACCUACCCCAUCAGAUAAAUUUAAAUACUUAGCUGGCGGAUCAAACUAGCAGUUAAGACGUUUGUCGAGGAGUUCAAGUCUACAAAGCAGAUUAAUUAUGGCAUCUACGAAGAAAAUUGCAGUCAUUGGUGGUGGAUUUGCGGGAAUUGGUUCUAUCGUUAUGCUGAAAGAAGAGGGACUAGAACCUAUAUGCUUUGAGCAAACAGAUAAACCUGGAGGCACUUGGAACUACAGAGAAGUGUCUAAUAUGGAAGGAGUUGCAUCCAUAAUGCCCACUACUAUCAUUAAUCAUAGUAAGGAAAUGGGAGCCCUCAGCAAUUUUCCACCGAAGAAAGAAUAUAACAAUUAUAUGAGACACAACGAGAUGUAUCAGUACGUGGAAGAAUUUGCCAGCGAGCACGAUUGCUUUAAACACAUUAAAUUUAAUAUGAUGGUCACCUGUGUUAAGCGUUCUAAAGAUUAUGAUGAAACAGGCCGCUGGGUGGUGACUGCAAAGAAUACGAUUACAGGUGAAGAACUUACUGACAUCUAUGAUGGCGUGAUGGUUUGUGUAGGUCACGUUAAUCGGCCGAUAAUGCCGAAAUAUCCUAAUGAGGAGAGCUUCAAAGGAAAAAUUAUACACACCCAUAGUUUGAAAGAGGUUGACGAAUAUAAAAAUCAAAAUGUCUUAGUUGUUGGAAUGGGCUGUUCUGCUUUAGAUGCUGCAGUUGGAAUAAGCAAUGUUGCCAAACAAGUCUAUUUAAGCACAAGGACUGGAUCAUAUAUUCUACACAGAGUUGGACCACACGGAUAUCCCAUAGAUUACGUUUUUAUGCGAAGGUACUUCUACAAAAUGAUGGAUAUUUUCCCAUUACAAGUAUGCAAUUGGUAUAUGGAGAAAUUCUAUAUUGAUAACAGGUUCCAUCAUAAACUAUAUAAUGUACCUCCAAAAUAUCACUUCUUUAACAAGGAUCCUGUCAUUAAUGAUCAUUUUGGCUCAAAGUUGCUGUCUGGAUCUAUAAUUCAAAAGAGAGAUAUUGAACGUUUUACAGAGAAGGGUGUCUAUUUCGAAGAAAGCAGUGAGGAGACAGAAAUAGAUGCUGUCAUUAUGGCCACUGGAUACACAUGGAAAUUUCCAUUCUUAGAAGAGGGAAUAGUAACUCAAGAAAAGAACGGACGAAUCAAUUUAUACAAAGGAAUAUAUCCUCCUCAACUCAAACAUCCAACUCUUGCAAUAAUUGGUUUCCUCUUGACAUUCGGACCUGGGUUUCCAACUGGCGAGUUACAGUGUCGAUGGGCAGCUCAUAUGCUUGCAGGAAAAGGACACUUACCAUCCUCAAGAAAAAUGCUAAAAGAUAUCGAAAGAACGCAUCAUGCAAACGCGAAGAGAUAUUCCCCAAGUGAUAAAAUGACUUUGAGGGUUGACUGUUUGCAAUACAUGGACGACAUUGCAUCAAAGUUUGGGGUAAAGCCAAACUUGCCUAAGUUAUUUUUUACUGACAUCCGGCUAUUUUGGAAGAUAUAUUGGGGCCCUUUCGUCUCUUAUCAGUAUCGACUUCAAGGACCACAUAAAUGGGAAGGAGCAAGAGAAGCCAUUAUGACAUCGAAGAAGCGAAUGUUAUAUCCAUUAAGAAGGGAAAGAAUAAAUCGUUGAAAUUGUAUUAUAACGAAUAUUCAUUAGAUACAAUAUAAAAAUUAUAUGGAAGUAAUAUAUGUACUAUAUUCAUACCUAUAUAUAUGUAAAUAUUUAAGAAGAACCAAGAAAUAUUUAAAGAAAGACAGAUUUUAUUACUAAAAAUUCGUUUUAUUAUUGUCCAAUCAAAAAAAGGUGUUGCAAAGAAUCUGCCUAAAACAGUUUUUAUACUGCGAUAUGACAUGGGCGUAAUUUCCAAUCUCUGUUACUGAAACUUUCUGCCAAAGUUUAUCUAUGUACUUAAAUGUUCCUUUAUUUUUUAAUACGUAUCAAAAUAAGACCCUUAUACAAACUCAUUUAAACUUAUUUAAAAACUCAAAUAUCAGAUAAUUUUGUAAAAUAAUUCUACAGAAAAUAAGAGGAAAAAUGUCAUUUCUUGCAUUCAAAAUGCUUUUUUAUUAAAUAUGCAUAGUUAACAUGAAGUCAUUAUUAUUACCCAAAAAAGUAUUUCAUAUUUUCAAGCAUUUAGUUUUCUGUUAAGAGAAAAAACAUGAUAAUUAACUCUAGUCUUAUGUAGUGUUUUAUAUAAUUUUAAUUAAUGCUCGCUCAUAAAUUGAAUUGUUUUACAUUUCAACUCUGCAAUAUUCAAUUAUAAAUUACAACUUUUAACUUGAACAUGAGUUAUCAUUUUCAAAUAUUUCGCCAACUAUGCCAAUUUGCAAAACUGGAAAUUCAGUACUGAAUGAAAAUAAAAUUAUUUUUAUUUUUC